GGAGGCUCGGGUUGCGGGCUCCGGGCGCUUGCUCCUGUCAGUCGGUGGGUCGGUCCUCCCGCCGGCCCUCCCCCUCCGCGUCCUCCGGGGGAGGCGCGGCGGAGUCCGCCCCCGGGAUCCCCCGAUGGGGGAGAAGCGGCGACGGCGGCAGCGGAAUAACCGAGCCGGAGCGUGAGCGGCCCCGGGGCCCGGCUGCCCGCGGAGGCCAUGGGCGACCCAGCCCCCGCCCGCAGCCUGGACGACAUCGACCUGUCAGCCCUGCGGGACCCUGCUGGAAUCUUUGAGCUGGUGGAGGUGGUCGGCAAUGGAACGUACGGACAGGUGUACAAGGGUCGGCACGUCAAGACUGGGCAGCUGGCUGCCAUCAAGGUCAUGGACGUCACAGAGGACGAGGAGGAGGAGAUCAAACAGGAGAUCAACAUGCUGAAGAAGUACUCGCACCACCGCAACAUCGCCACCUACUACGGGGCCUUCAUCAAGAAGAGCCCGCCCGGGAAUGACGACCAGCUGUGGCUGGUGAUGGAGUUCUGCGGCGCGGGCUCGGUGACGGACCUGGUGAAGAACACGAAAGGGAACGCCCUGAAGGAGGACUGCAUCGCUUACAUCUGCCGGGAGAUCCUGCGGGGUCUGGCCCACCUCCACGCUCACAAGGUGAUCCAUCGGGACAUCAAGGGGCAGAAUGUGCUGCUGACGGAGAAUGCCGAGGUCAAGCUAGUGGAUUUCGGGGUGAGUGCCCAGCUGGACCGCACUGUGGGCAGGCGGAACACUUUCAUCGGGACCCCCUACUGGAUGGCCCCAGAGGUCAUCGCCUGUGACGAGAACCCCGAUGCCACCUACGAUUACCGGAGUGACAUUUGGUCUCUAGGAAUCACAGCCAUCGAGAUGGCAGAGGGGGCCCCCCCUCUGUGUGACAUGCACCCCAUGCGAGCCCUCUUCCUCAUCCCACGGAACCCACCCCCCAGACUCAAGUCCAAGAAAUGGUCUAAGAAGUUCACCGACUUCAUCGACACGUGUCUUAUCAAGACGUACCUGAGCCGCCCGCCCACGGAGCAGCUGCUCAAGUUCCCCUUCAUCCGCGACCAGCCCACUGAGCGCCAGGUCCGCAUCCAGCUCAAGGACCACAUAGACCGCUCGCGGAAGAAGCGAGGCGAGAAGGAGGAGACGGAGUACGAGUACAGCGGCAGCGAGGAGGAGGACGACAGCCACGGAGAGGAGGGCGAGCCCAGCUCCAUCAUGAACGUGCCCGGGGAGUCCACGCUGCGCCGGGAGUUCCUGCGGCUGCAGCAGGAGAACAAGAGCAACUCAGAGGCCGUGAAGCAGCAGCUGCAGCAGCAGCAGCUCCAGCAGCAGCGGGACCCAGAGGCACACAUCCAACACCUGCUGCACCAGCGCCAGCGCCGCAUCGAGGAGCAGAAGGAGGAGCGGCGGCGCGUGGAGGAGCAACAGCGGCGGGAACGGGAGCAGCGGAAGCUGCAGGAGAAGGAGCAGCAGCGGCUGGAGGACAUGCAGGCCCUGCGGCGGGAGGAGGAACGGCGGCAGGCCGAGCGCGAGCAGGAGUACAAGCGGAAGCAGCUGGAGGAGCAGCGGCAGUCGGAGCGGCUCCAGCGGCAGCUGCAGCAGGAGCACGCCUACCUCAAGUCCCUCCAGCAGCAGCAGCAGCAGGGCUUGCCCGCGGACAGGAAGCCGCUCUACCACUACGGCCGCGGUGUCGCUGCCGCCGACAAGCCGGCCUGGGCCCGGGAGGUGGAGGAGAGAACGAGGAUGAACAAGCAGCAGAACUCCCCCUUGGCCAAGACCAAGCCCGGCAGCACGGGGCCCGAGCCCCCCCUCCCCCAGGCCACCCCUGGGCCCCCGGGCCCUCUUUCCCAAACCCCUCCUAUGCAGAGGCCGGUGGAGCCCCAGGAGGGACCGCACAAGAGCCUGGUGGCGCACCGGGUCCCACUGAAGCCAUAUGCAGCGCCUGUACCCCGAUCCCAGUCCCUGCAGGACCAGCCCACCCGAAACCUGGCUGCCUUCCCAGCCGCCCACGAGCCCGACCCCGCCGUCCCCACACCCAGCACCACGCCCAGCGCCCGAGGAGCCGUCAUCCGCCAGAACUCAGAUCCCACCUCCGAAGGGCCUGGCCCCAGCCCGAGCCCCCCAGCCUGGGUCCGGCCGGAUCCUGAGGCCCCACCCAAGGUGCCUCAGAGGACCUCCUCCAUCGCCGCUGCCCUCAACACCAGUGGGGCCGGAGGGGCCCGGCCUGCUCAGGCUGUCCGCGCCAGACCUCGCAGCAACUCCGCCUGGCAAAUCUAUCUGCAAAGGCGGGCAGAGCGGGGCACCCCCAAGCCUCCAGGGCCCCCCGCUCAGCCCCCUGGCCCGCCCAACGCCUGUAGCAACCCCGACCUCAGGAGGAGCGACCCUGGCUGGGAGCGCCCAGAAGGUGCCCUCCCGUCUCAUGGGCACCUCCCGCAAGCCGGCUCGCUGGAGCGGAACCGCGUGGGAGCCUCCUCCAAACUGGACAGCUCCCCCGUGCUCUCCCCCGGAAACAAAGCCAAGCCCGAGGACCACCGCUCCCGGCCAGGCCGGCCCGCAGAUUUUGUGCUGUUGAAAGAGCGAGCCCUGGACGAGGCCCCGCGGCCUCCCAAGAAGGCCAUGGACUACUCGUCCUCCAGUGAGGAGGUGGAAAGCAGCGAAGAUGAGGAGGAAAGCAACGGCGAGCCCUCUGAGGGGAGCAGAGAUACCCCCGGGGCCCGUGACGGAGACACCGACAGCGUCAGCACCAUGGUGGUCCACGACGUGGAGGAGAUGGCCGGGACCCAGACCCCCUAUGGGGGCGGCACCAUGGUGGUCCAGCGCACCCCCGAGGAGGAGCGCGGCCUGCUGCACGCGGACAGUAACGGCUACACCAACCUUCCUGACGUUGUCCAGCCCAGCCACUCGCCCACGGAGAGUGGCAAAGGCCAAAGUCCCCCCUCGAAGGACGGAGGCAGCGACUACCAGUCUCGUGGGCUGGUAAAGGCCCCUGGCAAGAGCUCAUUCACCAUGUUUGUGGACCUAGGGGUCUACCAGCCCGGAGGCAGUGGGGACACCAUCCCCAUCACAGCCCUGGUAGGGGGAGAGGGUGGCCGGCUGGAUCAGCUCCAGUAUGACGUCCGGAAAGGAUCAGUGGUCAACGUGAACCCCACCAACACCCGCGCUCACAGCGAGACCCCCGAGAUUCGGAAGUACAAAAAGCGGUUCAAUUCAGAGAUCCUCUGUGCAGCCCUUUGGGGCGUCAACCUGCUGGUGGGCACAGAGAACGGCCUGAUGCUGCUGGACCGCAGCGGCCAGGGCAAGGUGUACGGGCUCAUCGGGCGGCGGCGCUUCCAGCAAAUGGACGUGCUGGAAGGUCUCAACCUGCUCAUCACCAUCUCAGGGAAAAGGAACAAACUGCGGGUUUAUUACCUGUCUUGGCUGCGGAACAAGAUUCUGCACAACGACCCGGACGUGGAGAAGAAGCAGGGCUGGACCACCGUGGGGGACAUGGAGGGCUGUGGGCACUACCGCGUGGUGAAAUACGAGCGCAUUAAGUUCCUGGUCAUCGCCCUGAAGAGCUCCGUGGAAGUGUACGCCUGGGCCCCCAAGCCCUACCACAAGUUCAUGGCCUUCAAGUCCUUCGCCGACCUCCCUCACCGCCCUCUGCUGGUCGACCUGACCGUGGAAGAGGGUCAGCGACUCAAGGUCAUCUACGGCUCCAGCGCCGGCUUCCACGCAGUGGACGUGGACUCGGGGAACAGCUAUGACAUCUACAUCCCGGUGCACAUCCAGAGCCAGAUCACGCCCCAUGCCAUCAUCUUCCUCCCCGACACCGACGGCAUGGAGAUGCUGCUCUGCUACGAGGACGAGGGCGUUUAUGUGAACACCUAUGGGCGGAUCAUUAAGGACGUGGUGCUGCAGUGGGGAGAGAUGCCCACCUCCGUGGCCUACAUCUGCUCCAACCAGAUCAUGGGCUGGGGUGAGAAAGCCAUUGAGAUCCGCUCGGUGGAGACGGGCCACCUGGACGGCGUCUUCAUGCACAAACGGGCCCAGAGGCUCAAGUUCCUGUGCGAGCGGAACGACAAGGUGUUCUUCGCCUCCGUCCGCUCCGGGGGCAGCAGCCAGGUUUACUUCAUGACGCUGAACCGGAACUGCAUCAUGAACUGGUGACGGGACAGCCGCCCCCGCAGCCGGACCCCCCAGGCCGCCCUCCUUUCCCCUCCCUGGGCUUUUGCUUUUGACUGGUUUGAUUCACUGGAGCCUGCUGGGAACGUGACCUCUGACCCCUGACGCUUUUGUGAUCACGUGACCAUCCUGUUUCUCCCCCCCCCCCCCCCCCCGCCUCAGUUCAUUCUCUCCCCAAAACUGUGCCUGUCCCAAUUCCGGGGAGAGGCACGGCUUCCCCUUACCAGGAAUCCAGAGGGCCGAGCCCCACCCCCCUUUUCUCCACUUCCGAGGAGAGUGCUCGGGGCGGGCACCCGUACCCCACUGCUGCUGACCGGGCAGGGCCCUGGGCCCCUUCAUUUGCACGUCAGGGGAGCCGGCUCCCCCCUUGAAUGUACCAGACCCUGGGGGGGGGUCACUGGGCCCUAGGUUUCAGGGGGGUCGCCCGCCACUCCGGGGGCAGGGACCAUUUCCUCAUUUUCUGAAAGCACUUUAAUGAUUCCCCUCCCCCCAAACCCCAGGGAAUGGAGGGGGGACCCCGCCAGCCAAAACAUUUCCCCCUUUCCAACCCCUUUUCUUUCUAGCCUCUGUCCUUCCCUGGUGGAGGGAGGGAGUGGGGAGCUCUCGCUCCCCCCUGCACCCCCUUGCUUGCCUCUGUAUAUAGUGUGAGCAGCAAGUAGCCCUGCCCCGUCCCCCUCAAUGUAGUGGCCUUGGAUAUUCCGUUUGUUAAUAAAGACAAUUCAACCAGCUCCUA